AACAGCAGGGCAGGAGAGAGAGAGAGAGAGAGGGAGAGGGAGAGUAAAGCAGAGCUGAAAGAAGCUCCACCUGGCGAUCUGAGACACGUAGUUGAUUGCAGCAGGCAUUUGGAGACUGUUUGAGUUACAGGCGGCCGACUCUCUGCUCGCCACGACAAACUCUCAAUCACCUUACAUCCUCACACACACAACAAAAGACUCUCAACUCAACAGACCCACCAAGCCACCAAUCCAUCCAAUCCAAUCAAAUUCAAUCAAAUCAAAUAUCAAUUUCAAAAUCUUUGCUUUUCGAAUCCCCAAAGUAAUUGGAUUCGGUGGAGCUCCAGUUCCGGCUGCUUCUUCUGCCUAUUCAAAUUUAAGAUCUUGGCUGUGAAGAAAGCUCAAAGAAAGCUUCAAAGCUAUUUGCUUGCUUGCCCUUUCGUGUACGCUUAUAUUCGGGCUUUGCCGUUUUCUGGAGGUGGAAGGAAGGUCUCUGGGUCUUCCUUGUAAUCGAAUUUGGACGGCUUAAUUUGGAGAUAUAUUUUAACUCGAAAUUCAGAUAGUUUGUUUGUUUGUUGGGCUAGUGAAUAGCUAAGAAUUAGUCGACAUGGUCAGUGGGCAUUUGUUCCAUUGUAGAAAGAAUUCAUGGCCGCCUGAGGAGUAUAUCAACAGAAACACUUUGCAGUUGUUUGAUUUUGAUAGUGCGGCCCCACCAGAACAUGCCUGGAGGAGGAAGUUAAACAGCAAUGCUAAUCUUCUCAGAGAAUUUAGUGUUACAUUUAGGGAAGCGAUAAAGAUGGUUAGGUUAGGUAUACGCUUGUGGUCAUAUAUCAGGGAAGAGGCUUCUCAUGGAAGGAAAGCACCUAUUGAUCCUUUUACACGAGAAAGUUGCAAGCCAUCUGCAGCUCAGGGGGUUCCACUUGGAGGGAUGGGAAGUGGCAGCAUAUCUAGAGGUUUUAGAGGCGAGUUCAGGCAAUGGCAAAUAAUUCCUGGUAUAUGUGAAGGUUCUCCUGUCAUGGCCAAUCAAUUCUCUAUUUUUAUAUCUAGGGAUGGUGGGAAUAAAAAUUAUGCAUCAGUCUUGGCCCCUGGUCAACAUGAAGGGUUAGGGAAAGUUGGUGAUCAGGGUAUAUCAUCAUGGGGCUGGAACCUGGGUGGCCAGCAUUCCACAUACCAUGCUUUAUUUCCGAGGGCAUGGACCGUAUACGAUGGUGAACCUGACCCAGAAUUGAAAAUUUCGUGUCGGCAAAUUUCACCAUUCAUUCCUCAUAAUUACAGAGAAAGCAGUCUUCCUACAGCUGUUUUUGUCUACACGUUGGUGAACACUGGAAAAGAAAGAGCGAAAGUCAGCCUUCUAUUUACAUGGGUGAAUUCAAUUGGAGGAAUCUCACACUUGUCAGGAGAUCAUGUGAAUGAACCAUUUAUAGGCGAAGAUGGAGUCUCUGGUGUACUUCUACAUCACAAGACUGCAAAAGGGAAUCCUCCUGUUACUUUUGCGGUAGCUGCAUGCGAAACUCAAAACGUGAGUGUGACUGUUUUGCCAUGUUUUGGGUUAUCUGAAGGAAGUAGCCCUACCGCUAAAGAAAUGUGGGAUAAAAUGGUGCAGGAUGGACAAUUUGAUCGGGAGAAUUUCAAUUCUGGGCCAUGCAUGUCUUCAUCACCUGGAGAGACACUCUGUGCUGCAGUUUCAGCUUCUGCUUGGGUGGAACCUCAUGGGAAAUGCACUAUUGCAUUUGGUCUAUCAUGGUCAUCUCCAAAAGUAAAAUUUUUGAAGGGAAGCUCGUACCAUAGGAGGUACACAAAAUUCUAUGGAACAUCUGAAAGGGCAGCUCAGGACUUGGUGCAUCAUGCGUUAACAAAUUACAAGCGAUGGGAAGAAGAUAUUGAAAAGUGGCAAAACCCUAUCCUCAAGGAUGAAAAAUUACCAGAAUGGUACAAGUUCACAUUGUUCAAUGAGCUCUACUUUCUGGUGGCUGGAGGAACAGUUUGGAUUGAUUCUCCCUUACCAGUAACAAACAUUAAUGAAAAUCAACGUCAAUUAACAAAUGUUGAAUAUACAGACGUCAAGGUUACUGAAGCUGAAGUCAACAAUAAACAAGGCACAGUUGUCGAGCAUACUGCAACUGGUCAUCAUAGGAGUGUAAAGUUGGAUCCACAAAAUGACAACGAAGAUGUUGGGAGGUUCCUUUAUUUGGAAGGAGUGGAAUAUAUCAUGUGGAACACAUAUGACGUGCACUUCUAUGCUUCAUUUGCCCUUCUUGAGCUGUUUCCCAAAAUCGAACUCAAUAUUCAAAGGGACUUUGCAAAAGCUGUCUUAUCUGAAGAUGGAAGAAAAGUAAAGUUUCUGGCAGAAGGCAAUUGGGGAAUUCGUAAGGUUAGAGGAGCUGUCCCUCAUGAUCUGGGAACACAUGAUCCGUGGAACGAAAUGAAUGCAUACAAUAUUCAUGAUACUAGUAAGUGGAAGGAUUUGAACCCAAAGUUUGUACUUCAGGUGUAUAGAGACUUUUCUGCAACAGGGGAUAUGGCAUUUGGAGUUGAUGUCUGGCCUGCUGUUCGUGCUGCAAUGGAGUACAUGGAACAAUUUGACAGGGACAAUGAUGGUCUCAUUGAAAAUGAUGGUUUCCCUGAUCAGACCUACGAUGCUUGGACAGUUCAUGGGGUUAGUGCUUACUGUGGCUGCUUGUGGCUUGCUGCACUUCAAGCUGCAGCUGCGAUGGCCUUUCAACUAGGUGACAAAGCUUUUGCUGAAUGGUGUAAAACUAAAUAUUUAAAGGCAAAACCAGCGUUUGAGGAAAAAUUGUGGAAUGGCUCUUAUUUUAAUUACGAUAGCGGAUCAAGUAGUAACAGUAAAUCUAUACAGGCAGAUCAACUGGCUGGGCAGUGGUAUACUGCAUCCUCAGGUUUACCUUCCCUUUUUGAUGAUUUUAAAAUCCAAAGUGCUCUGCAGAAGAUCUAUGAUUUCAAUGUCAUGAAAGUUAAAGGAGGCAGGAUGGGUGCCGUAAAUGGAAUGCAUCCCAGUGGAAAGGUGGAUGAGUCCUGCAUGCAGUCUCGUGAAAUAUGGACUGGUGUCACCUAUGGAGUGGCUGCUACAAUGAUCCUGGCUGGAAAGGAGAAAGAGGCAUUCACUACUGCUGAAGGUAUUUUUAUUGCCGGCUGGUCUGAGGAGGGCUAUGGAUACGGGUUCCAGACUCCUGAGGGAUGGACGAUGGACGGCCACUUCAGAUCUCUAAUAUAUAUGAGGCCGCUCUCUAUUUGGGCCAUGCAAUGGGCGUUAAAUCUGCCCAAGGCAAUUCUUGAGGCUCCUACUAUUAAUAUAAUGGAUAGAAUACUUUUGUCAUCUUUCAGUUCCAGAUCCUCUCAAAAUGAAUCAGGUGUGAGAAAGAUAGCAACCAAGGCAAAGUGCUUUGGGAAUUCUGUGUUCAACUGUGCAUGCUGAUUGUAACUUGUAACAUUGACUGUAUUGUAUAGAAGUGUCUAGCGAAUCUUUGCUUCGUGGAACCCUCUCGCUGUGAAUUAAUAUAUGCUGGGAGAGGUUUGGGGAAGCCUUGGCGAAAUAGCCAAAUAGGUAAUAAAAGAUUGAGUUGUAUUUCAUUUACAUGAUAUGUACAUCAGUUUUCCUUUGUCAUUGAAAUAUUUUGUUGUGACUAAUCAAAAGCGAAAGUACGGCAA